UCCAAAGAAAUGUAAUUUCUUAUGGUAAAAAUCAGGGGAAUUCAGAGUAAAAUCUGAAUUAUUUAGCAAAAGUUGUGCACGUCUUAAAGUUUCCCCUCUCCAGGUUAGGAUAAUCAGACAGAGGAAGGGGUGAGCAAUCAACAUUGCAAGCCCAUGUGCUACAAAAUAGCCAAUCGGAGCAUGCAGCGGGAAAUUCAAAUAGUCUCUUUGUUUGAAAAGUAUAAAACCCCUGCUUUAGCCCCAGCUCCUUGCAACCCCAGACCUGCGAUAGCCCCCUCUGCUAUCCGCUCAGACUCUAAGAAACUACAAGACUGCACCUGGAGCCCUCAGCUCUCACUAUUUAUCCAUCAAGGUUGGGAGCCCUGACACUCUGAGAAACGCAAGGAGAGAUGAAAAACACCUAAUUAAAGCAAAUCAGACAUUUGGAAGAUGGAAGCUGUUCCUUUGGAAGAGGAGAUAUCGGAACUCGAACCUGCCCGAGACAUCUGUGAAGUGGAAUCAGUCGCUAGGGAAGGCGAUGAGGUCGAACUUGAAUCUGUCCAGAACAAAGAUGAGGAGUUAACUGAACUGACAGUCAUUCUCCAGAGCUCACACCGCUGCACUGAAUGUGAGAAGAGUUUUACAGCCAGGAGCAGCCUUAGGCGACAUCAAAAGGUUCACACGGGCGCCACAAUAUAUGUUUGUUCGGACUGCGGCCGGAGCUUUAAACAAUCUGGAGAGUUCAGGAGGCACGUGAAGGUCCACCUGGAAGCAGGGACCCUCUUUCUGUGCUCAGACUGCGGGAAAAGCUUUGAAACCCCAAUCAAACUGAAAAAGCACCAGCGCAUACACAAGGAAAGGGCUCUGCGUUACUGCAACGAGUGUGGAAAGGGCUUUAAAGAGUCCGGAUCCCUCAAACUGCACCUCCGAAUUCACACAGGAGAGAGACCGUAUCACUGCGCUCAAUGCGACAAAAGGUUUACGGAUUCGGGCAAGCUGAAGGUCCAUCUGCGGAUUCACACGGGAGAAGCCCCCUUUCCCUGCCCUGAAUGUGGGAAAUCUUUCAAAAACACGGGGAACUUGAGAACCCACCAACGCAUACACUCGGGCCUGGCGCCGCACCCUUGUAACAUUUGCAAUAAAAGCUUCACGCAGAGGGGGAACCUUAAAAAACACCAGCAAAUUCAUACAGGAGAGAAGCUGUAUCGCUGCACAGAGUGUGAUAAAGGCUUUACAGAACUAGGGAAGCUGAAAAUCCACCUGCGGAUUCAUACAGGAGAGAGACCCUAUCCCUGUACUGAAUGCCAGAAGAGUUUUAAAGAAUCGUCCAAACUUACAAUCCACAUGAGAACUCAUACAGGAGCCACCCCUUAUCACUGUGCCUUGUGUGGGAAGAGUUUUACUUACUCUUAUCAGUUAAAAGCACAUGCCUGUAAAGAAGGGUUAAAACUAUAAUUAUUUCAUCAAUUCAUUUUUUUAUGUGAUUAAUAUAUUGUUGUAUGAUUAAGAUGUUAAUGGGCAAAAUGGUAUGAGCACUUUGUUUUAGAAUUACAGAUUUAUACAUUAUUUAAAUCCAGGUGCUUUUCAAACUACUUUAGAAGUUGCAGAUAGUGUUCAGACUUUCAGUAUCUUUUGAAUCAGCGAAACACAAAUAACUCGAGGUCCCGAAUACGAAGUGUAAGCUGCAUUACUGUUAAUGAUCACUCCUUUACUGGUUCCACUGGGGAGGAUCUUCACAUUCCUGUUUAUUAUUAAAUAUAUAGUUUGAUUUUGUGUGUCGUCAUACCAGCAGAGUGAUACCAUCUGAGUUAACUCUGCCCUCCAGUGACUUGUAAUCAACAUCACAGAACCACUGCACAUUGCAUCAGUCUCUGCUUGAGUGGGGGCCACUAUUGAAUAUAAUGAUCAUGUAGUAUAAUGGUAUAAAAGUGAAGGAGGGGCACAUUGUUGUCAGGCAGUGAGUAAGGGUCUCGUAUACAUAUAUUACUGAGCGUGUCUCCAGGUCUGUUUAAUAUUUAGCAUCUUAUUUUUAAUUGUGUUCUAACGUUUAGCAGUCUGCUACUGAAGUCCAACAAACUCAAAAAGACCCAGCUCUCAGGAAAGGCUAAUACAAUACACUCUUUCAGUUUAGUCUGUUGUUUUUAAGAAGACAGACUUAUACAAAAAAAGGUGAGUUUUAUUGAAGCCAGGUGUGAGUACAAGACAAAAUACCACAUGGAUAUAAAGGGAUUUCAUGCAGACCUCCCCCUCCCACCCAUCCA